AUGUUAACCUACCAAAACCCAUUACCCCAACAUUCAUACUAUAGUCAGUAUACCCAAAUUCCUCAACCCUAUUAUCACCCUUCACUUGCCCCUUACCCAGUUUACACCACCCAACCAACGUAUUAUCCACCUAAAGCACCUGUCUAUCCGAAUCCAUCACGAUACCAACCCCCAUAUCCAUCCCAAUCCCACUACCAACCACAAAACCGUCCAUCAAAUGCACCCAGACCCUACCCAAACUUUGAAAAAAGACCAGCCAAAAUUUAUACACCUUUAGCUGAACCUUUAACCCAACAAUAUGAACGGUUGAAAACUGCAGGAAUACUCCAACCAAUCCAAGGACAAAUUUCUAAUCCCCUUUCUAGAUGGUAUGACGAGACCAAGCACUGUGCAUAUCACUCUGGAGCUACUGGACAUGGUACUGAAAGUUGUCUUACUUUCAAAGACAAGAUUGAGACAUUGAUCAAAGAAGAUUCAACUCAAAGGUGUUUCCCCCAAUUUCCUUGGGAUUACUCGAUUGAUGCAAGGGAUAAAGGAAAAGGAAAGAUAGUUGUAGAAGUCGUUGCUGCAGGAAUGACAAGAUUCAGGCGUUGUUAUGCCCCUGAAGAAGUUAUACAAGGAGGACCAAACAAGGAAAACAACCAAAAAAGGGUUGUGACAGAGGCCGAAGUUGAAGAUUUCUGGAGGAAGAUGCUAACUAAGGAAUAUUCGGUUGUUGAACAACUGAAGAAAACUCCUUCUCAAAUUUCUUUAAUGGCCUUACUGAUGAAUUCUGCAACUUAUAGGAACGCUUUGGUGAAGGUUUUAAAUGAAGUUUAUGUUCCAGCAGAGACCACUAGUGAGAACUUUUCUGCCAUGGUAGGACAAGUUUUGGAAGCUAACAAAGUCACCUUUCAUGAAGAUGAGUUGCUGCCUGAAGUUGUUAACAUAUGCCCUUUCACUACUCUUCGAGCUUUGGGAAUUGACUUUGGAAAGAUUCGUGAAAGUCAUGUAAGGGUUAGAGGCUUUGACGGGACACAAAGGGGAGUCAUCGGAGAAAUUGAUCUGCCAUUGCAAAUUGGACCUAUGGAGUUCAUUGUGGAAUUCCAAAUGUUGGAUAUAUCUGCUAGCUAUAGUUUAUUACUUGGAAGGCCAUGGAUUCAUAUGGCUGGUGCGGUCCCUUCCAUUUUGCACCAGACUUUGAAAUUUGUUUGGAACCAUCAGGAAAUUAUUGUUCAUGGAGAAGGUCAAGGUCUUGGAGAGAAAUUAGAUGGAAUAGUGGAGCCAAUUCAAUUACCUGGUCAGAAAUACACAUUUGGUCUUGGAUACGAGCCUACUCCUGAAGAAAUCUCAUCGGUUAAUCUCAAAAGGAAAAGUGACAUUCCCUUACCACAACCUAUCCCGCCCUUGAAUCAGUCAUUUUCCAAAGCGUUUGCUGCACAAGGAUUAGAAGAAGCUGUUGAAGAUAAUCUCAUAAAAGGACUCAAAAACUUGUUCAUUGAAGAAGUUGAAUGCAAUAUGAUUUUGGAGGACGGCACCGACGCCCCGACCAUAUGGGAUGUUAUGCUUGGAGAUGCUUUGAACAAUUGGACUUGUAACCCGUCCCCAGUUCUCCGGGAAUCUUGUAAGCAAACUAAUAAAUCUGUCAAUGCCGAGAAUGUGACAUGUAAUGAAAUGAGCGAACAAACCCCGAACAGUGAACAAACUUUUGCAGAAUAUGAAGAAGAUGUGCAGUUUGGAGAGUUGACUAAGGAGUUUGAACAUUUUGAGAAUAAAGAAAAGCCAAAUUUUGAUGAAACUGAGACGAUAAAUUUGGGAGAUUCAGCAGAAUUGGUGAGGGAAACAAGAAUUAGUGUCCAUUUGACUCUGUCCCAAAGAAAUGAACUUAUUAAUCUUUUGAGACAAUACAUGAAUGUGUUCGCAUGGUCUUAUGAUGAUAUGUCGGGUCUAAGCACAGAUACUGUUUCACACAGGUUGCCAAUUGAUCCCUCUUGCCCCCCAGUAAAGCAAAAGUCGAGAAAGAUCAAGUCUGAUUUGAGUUUAAAGGUUAAGGAAGAAGUCUCGAAGCAAUUUGAUGCCAAUGUCAUCCGGGUCACCAACUAUCCCACGUGGUUGGCCAACAUAGUACCAGUGCCAAAGAAAGAUGGAAAAAUUAGAGUAUGUGUAGAUUAUCGAGAUCUCAACAAGGCUAGCCCGAAGGAUGAUUUUUCUCUCCCAAACAUUCAAAUACUUAUUGAUAAUUGUGCAAAGCAUGAGUUGCAGUCAUUUGUUGAUUGCUUUACAGGAUAUCAUCAGAUUCUACUGGAUGAUGAGGACGCGAAGAAAACCGCAUUCAUCACGCCUUGGGGAGUAUAUUGUUAUCGGGUAAUGCCUUUUGGACUCAAGAAUGCAGGGGCAACAUAUCGGUACAAUCUAAAGUUAAAUUUCGCAAAGUGUGCAUUUGGUGUCCCUGCCCGGAAGCUGUUAGGUUUCAUCGUGAGUAGGAAAGGGAUAGAGCUGGAUCCUUCAAAGAUAAAGGCUAUUCAAGACUUGCCUCCUCCAAAGAGUCGAAAAGAUGUAAUGAGUUUUCUUGGUCGCCUCAAUUACAUUUGUCGAUUCAUUGCACAAUCCACUGUAAUUUGCGAGCCAAUCUUCAAGUUGCUGAGGAAAGAUGCUACAACCAAAUGGACGGAAGAUUGUCAGAAAGCUUUUGAUAGAAUCUAG